UUCAACCAAUCAGCGAGCUCCAGGUUUAAAGAUGGCGUCACCCGUCAGCUGCAGGACUGUAUCAGUUUUGCUUUUUCUCAUAUUAUUCAUAUCGGUUCACUGUACAGACACUAAACCGAGGAAGAAGAAAGACAUAAGGGAUUAUAAUGACGCGGAUAUGGCCAGACUGCUGGAGGAGUGGGAGAAAGAUGAUGAAAUUGAGGAGGGUGACUUACCUGAGCACAAACGGUCUCCUCCACCCAUCGACUUCUCUAAAAUAGAUGCGUCUAAACCAGAGGAUCUUCUGAAGAUGUCCAAGAAAGGAAGGACCCUGAUGGUGUUUGCCACCGUGUCAGGAAACCCCACAGAGAAGGAGACGGAAGAGAUCACCAGCCUGUGGCAGGGAAGCCUCUUCAAUGCCAACUUUGAUGUUCAGAGAUUUGUGGUGGGAUCCAACCGUGUCAUCUUCAUGCUGCGUGAUGGGAGCUACGCCUGGGAGAUUAAAGACUUCCUGAUUGCUCAGGACCGCUGUGAGGAUGUGACCGUGGAAGGACAGGUGUACCCUGGGAAAACCGCCAAGAAAGAUGCCAAGGGGAACGAGCAAAAUAAAACCAAGAAGAAAGAAGACAAGAAAGCAGCCAACAGAGGCAAUAAAAGCAAGCAGGAGCUUUGAUACAUGAAAGGCGCAGUGUUUUAAUGGGACUGAAGGAGUGUUUCUCUAACAGGUGUUACCAGGUACUUUGACACACAGGUUGAUGAUUUUUGUUUCAGUUCCUCAAUUUGUUUUACUGUUACUCGCCUCAUUUUUCACAGUCUGAAUCAAAGAAUAAACCACUUUUAUAAUAAUCUUGUGCAGUCUCGUGCAUUGCAUUGAUGAUUGGAUACAGUUGGUGUCACAUUUUCAAAUGCAGAAAAAGUGUAGCACUUAAAGGAAUAGUUCACCCAAAAAUUAAAGUUAGCUGAAAAUUCACUCACCCUCAAGCCAUCCAAGAUGUAUAUUUUUGAGUUAGUUUGUCCAUGGGAACCAAUUAGGUCAAAUUUUGCAAACAGCUGAUAAAACCAUAACAAUAAUCCACACCAUCAAUUAAUGUUGAGUGAACAUUAUUUCUUUUUCUUUUAUUCAACAAGCUAGGACAUGAGCAGUCUGAGCAGUAGGGAAUAUCAGGUUUAUCUGAAGGUUUACUUAACAGCUUGUUGAAGGAUGCUGGAAUGCGUUUGGAGGAUGUGGCAGAAAUGAACUGAUCUGGAAUCAGUCAAACGGCUUCUGGCAAAAGAAAAUGAGUUUAGCAGUGGCGGAGUCAUUGCCCCAGUUUGAAAGAGAGCAACAUUAGGCGCUAAUAGAGUAAUCGAUCAUCCUUUCUCGUCUGAAGCCUCAUAUGUCAUGAUACCAGGGAAAACAUAAGUACACCUCAUGGAAAACUGAGCUUUUCAGCACUUUCCUAAAUGAUAAAUGUAAUCUAAUUGAAAUAAAAAAUGAUUUUUUGUUUGCAAUCAUCCAUUAAACAUUCAUCCAUUCUUGCA